AGCACAACAACAUUGCUCCACUAGGACACGACCUAACAAAGUUGGUGCAAUGGCGUCGUGUAGCUAGUGAAGACGAGUCGACGUGAAACAGGGUAGACGGAAAAGCAGGCGUGGUGAAUCCAGGGACGUCUAGUUAAGUUUUAGGACGCUGUUACUUCUACCCUUAGAGCUGUAUUCAAGCACACAGCUUUCAGCCGUUUGGCCCAUAUGCAAGUAAGCAAGUGCAAGAUAGUAUUCUUGACAAAAAGUGACCUCCUGCUUAUUUGAGAUAGUUAGUUUCGGAAAUUUGUUCCCGCAUUGCUCCCUUGAGCCUUCACGGCACAAGUUAUCGCACUUCGUUUUAGGGCAAAGCAACUACAUGCGUUCAGGUGGUUUAUAGCGGGUACUAGACAUAUGCUCACCGAGAGUACUGUAGUCAGAUCGACCUGUUGCAUUUAGGUAGUCGAUGCUGCCUAUACCCGUCAGUUCGAGAAGCCAUCGUACCCAUUCUCUCCUGCUUUUCAUCUAGUUACCACUUUCGCCACUCUCGCCGCCGUCGUUAAUGUCGCUAAUUUCGUCGUUGUCAGCCAUGACCCUAGACGACCGCAACAUCAUCAGCUGUCGCUAAUGUCGCUACUUUCGCGACUGCUAGCGAAACCAUGACCCUAGACGACCGCAACAUUGCCAGCUGUCGUUUCGCAUCGUGCAACACCUCUUUUGCGUCAGAUCGCGGUGCGGACGGCGACGAUCAGGCAACGGAAAUUCAACGGCCAGGAACGGCUCCUGUGAUGGAUGGCAGAAAAGCCGACAGCAGCCAGGAGAUUAGGGUUUCAGGAGCCGCUUCUGGCGAGAACGUCGGAAAUUCAGUAGCAGGUUUUCUUCCCGAUUCGAGACACGCCAACAGUAGCAGCUGCGUCGGCGUCAGCGUCGGCGGCUCCGGCGGUGGCGGCAGCAGCGGUAGCAACGGUAGCCACGAGGAGCUCUUGCGUUAUGCCAACGCUUGCUUUUCGGAGCUACUGCCGCCCUUGUCGCUGCACCCCAAGCGGCAGGCAGAUUCCUUCCUCCCUGCCGUCUCGCGCCUGCUGGACCUCCAAGGGAAGCUCCAAACAGCGCGUGCAGACGAAGGGAAGGAGCAGCACGAGGGGGGGGGAACCGAGGGGGCGCCGUCCAAAGCAGCAGGUCGUGCGGCUGCUGCAGCGGGAAUGGCAGUGGUUGGGGCAGUUGGGGGGGCGGAGGGGGGGGCAGUAGAGGGUAUGUUAGGAGCGGAAGGGGGAGCGGAAGGGGGAGCGGAAGGGGGAGUGGGAGUGAGUGAUGAGAGAGGGAGAGAAGGAGGCGGAGCAGCCGCAGCAGCAGCAUUGGGGCCUACAUCUGAUUCAGCAUCUGCUUCCGCACCGGCUUCAGCAGUGGCGUCCCCAUGGCAACAGCUCGAAGAGCAACUUUCUCUAGAUGAACAGGAAAGCGGGCAAAUGGGGGAAGCCAGCCAGUCGGGUCAAACUGGCCGGACUGGUCAAACUGGUGCCGCCAGACAAACAAGUCAAACUGCAGAAGACUCCCUACGCGAGAUCCAAAUCCUCCUCUCUCGCCUUGAAACCCCGCUGUCUCAAGCCCUAGACCGGCUCGAGCAAGAAUUUAAGACCGUCUUAUCGAAAUCCAAUAGAAAGCUUAAUCUCCACAUACUUAAAGCCGCGUUGCACAUGCAAAACCUCGCGAUUCUCCCCAGCCCAAGAGCCCGAGGAGCGGGAGGGGGGGCAGGGGGGGGUGCUGGUAAUCUGUUUUCCAAGGGGUUAGGAGGAGGCAAGGGGGAGGAGGGGAAUGGAGGGAAAUUUACUCCUUCGGGUGCGCGACCCCCCCCAUCUCCUUCCUCUCCUGCGAACAAGCAGCAUGGUAGGGCGGCCAGCCAGUUUCUCUUUGACGAUCCGAUGCUUAUAGAGUAUAACGCGUCCCUCUCUGCCCGAGCCUCCUCGCCGCUAGGCUCGAGCCGAGCCUCGGGGACAGGUUCGGAAGCUGGUGCGCUGGGCGCUGGUGGUGCUGGUGGUGUGAGUGGGGGCGGAGCGGGGGCGAGUGGGGGAACUGGUUCUUCCUCCGUAUUGUCCCCUAUGGGGUGUUCGACCCCUGCAUCAACGCUGUCGGAUGCGGUGCUCACGGCUACUGCCAGCAGCAGCACCAACACCAGCAGCAGCAGCAUUGCUGCUGUGAGUGGGCCGCUAGAGAGCCUGUUUAUUGGGUCGGAUGUGGCAGGAACAGGGGGGGUAGGCGCUUCUGGUGGCGGCGGUGGUGGGGGAGGUGGGGACGGUGGGAAUGGUGAGGAUGGUGCUGGUGAUGAUGGUGGGGCUAGUGGUGGUAUGGCUUCAGGAGGUGGUGUGAUGAAAUCUCGCUCUGCCAUCCAGCCUACACUGCAGCAUUCCUCGUCGUUCCACGCUCAAGAGAACAAGUUUGGACUCUCACCUUCUGAAUCCUUCUCCCUCCCUCGCUCCGCCGCUGCCUCUGCUAGUGCAGAAGCCACCACUCCCCUCCCUAGAAUCACCAUCCCCCAGGUUUACUCUGAUGCCUCUGGGUCUACUCCCACCGUUAUUGUCACACCCACUUUUGGAACAGCUCCAGCCAGCGCCGCUGCUGCUGCUGUUGCUGCUGCUGGUGCCAGUGCUGCUGGCGCUGCUGGGGCUGGCGCUGCUGCUGGUACUGCUCCUGGCGAAGCUGGCUUAGCCACAGACACAGUAGUAACAGCAGGGGGAACAGCCACUGAAGUAGUAAGAGGAGCGGAAACAGGAGCGACAGGAGUAGCAGCAGCAGGAGUAGUAGAAAGCAGCGAAGGGGAACAGUCAGAGACCGGGGCAGUGGCUGUAACUGCUGCUCGUGCGAUUGCGGCUGCUGGUUCUGGUGGUGGGGUCGAAGUUGGGCUGGAGAAGGGAGCAGUAGCAGGCAAGGUGUCUGUUGAGGUGACUCAAAAGGUUGCAGCAGCAGGCGCAGCAGCAGGGGCAGCAGGAGCAGGACCGGUAGCAGGAGGAGCAGCUGUAUGCAAGGAGCUGCAGGCAGUGGGCGAGUGGGCGGAUUGGCUACCCGUGGCAGAGGUGCCAUGGCUGAACAGGGCAGCUGCUGUGAUCAUCAGGGCGAGAGGGAAGCAGCACUUGGCAGCUGUGUACUGCCUGGCAAGGCGAGCAACGGUGGUGAGUGGCGUGGAGAGUGUGAGCAUGAAGGAGUAUUCCACAGAGGAGGUGCAGGCCAUGGCAUGGGCGGACCUAGAGCCGUUGAUCAAGCUGUGGAUUCGAGACAUCAGCAUUCUGUUGCGUGUUCUCUUUUUCAGUGAGCACCAGCUGAUCAAGGGCGUUCUCGACACCUCUCUAACCGCCAGCAGCAGCAACAGCACUGCUGUUACCACUGCCGUUACCACUGCUGUUACCACUGCUGUUACCACUGCUGUCACCACCACCGCCAACGCUGCGCCCGCCAACCCUUCAAUCUCAACCGUCCCUGGCCUUGGAUCCGACCUCCUCUCACAUCCUGACCACACAACGCAAACGCCUGGCGACACUCCUGAGCCUGCUCCUGAGAUGCUCAAGGGAACCGACUGCAUGCCUCAAAGCAUGCCUCAAAGCAUGCCUCAAAGCAUGCCUCAAAGCAUGCCUCAAAGCAUGCCUCAAAGCAUGCCUCAAAGCAUGCCUCAAAGCAUGCCUCAGAGCGCAUCUCAGAGCAUGCCUCGGUGCAGCAGCAAGGGCGCAGAGCAGGUUUCUCGGAAACCAGGGGAGCACUUGAUGAGUCCGGACAGCGUGUUUCGGCAGCUAGUGGGGUCGGUGGGCGGCGUGCGCUCGACCCUGUGUGUGCUGUGCGCCAACGCUGCAGCAAUUGCUGCCUCUAAGAGCUCCCCUGAGAAGAUAUUCGCGCUGCUGGAAGCAUACCGCACCAUUGCUGACCUCUCUCCCCAGGCCCUCCCUGUCUUCCACGCCCUCCCCAAGUCCGACUCAGACGACCCCUUCAAGCUCUGGCAGCGAUUGUCACAGCUCUUUGCAGGUGCCAUCUUUGCCACACUGGACGAGCUUAACCGCAUCUUGAGGGACGUGGCUGCCUUUGUGCCGGCCAACCAGGGGAGUGGCAGCUCGCCCAUGAAGAAGAAACUCCUCAGGCUGAUUCACUGGAAGUCCUCGGAGCAAAAGAACACAAACGAGGAGGAGGUGGACAUCGGGGUGCACAAAGUGACGAGCUACGUGAUCAACUACAUCGCCCAGCUCAUGGACCGGGAGAGCCGCGCCGACCACUAUGGCACCCUGGAGAUGGUCUAUAAGAGGCACGCCGCGGACAAGAGGCUCAUAGGGCUGGCGACUGUGGGAGGGGGGAGUUUCAGGGAACGGGCCGGGGACAGCGGGGGGAGCAGUGGGGGGGCCAGUGGGGGGAGCAGUGGGGGGAACAGUGGGGGGAGCAGGACGGGAGGAGGGGGGAGUAAAGCUAGUCAGGGGAAUCAAGGAAGCCAGCAGCAGCAACAGCAGCAGCAGCAGUUGCAGCACCCGGGUGCGGGCGGCAGGCGCCAGCUGGCGUCGGAGAUGGAGGGGCUGCUGGAGUCGCUGCUGUUCAACAUGGAGGCGCGGGGGCGGACCGUGCAGGACGCCGCUAUGGGGGCGCUGUUUGUGAUGAACAAUGCGCACUACGUGGCUGGCAGCAUCGUUGCGACGAGGAUGAAAGACGCGAUGAAGCAGCAGGACAAAAUUGCUGCUUACGAGGCAGCCUUUGAUAAGGCAGGGCUUGCGAAGCUCAUGGCGUGUUUGGCGCCCGAGGAGAUAUCUGCCAAGCUGAGCGCUGAUGCUGUCAAGACAAGGCUGAAGAAGUUCAACUCGGCCUUCGAGGAGGUGGCUCUGGAGCAGAACAGGUGGAUUGUGACCAGCGACUCACAGAGGAAGAAGACAAGACUGCGCUUUGCUCGCACUCUCAAGAACGCAUACCUGGAGUUCCUCACACCGCACAGGGAGAUCAUAGCAGACAUCCCGACCUAUCAGUGGUCGCCAGAUGGCAUCGAGCGGUUGAUGCUCAAGUCCUUCUUCCUCGGCCGAAGCCUGCCUCUCAUUAUGACCGCCUGAGGGCAGCUGGCGUCCUUUAUGAAACCCUAAGAACCACGCUUCCCAGUUCAGUUGAAUUGUUCUAGAGGGCAGAUGGCAUCGAGCGGUUGAUGCUCAAGUCCUCCUUCCUCGGCCGUUAGUCUGCCCCCCAUUAUGACUGCCUGAGGGAUCUUAUCCAGAGCUACCGGUACAGCUGCGUCGUGAAAUCACAGCCAGGGAUAAUCUUCAUCCUUCUGAGUGUGAAGUCUACCUGCCAUGCCCUGGGGAAGAUCCCAUUGAAUGCGUUACAGGCUGGGCUGUUUUGAUAUCAGAGAUUUCAUUAGCACACACCUUACGCGAUGUGGUGGUUUGUGGAAAAAUGUAUGAUUUUGGCCUGCUGCUGCAGAAUGUAACAGCUGUGGGUAUGUGUUAGAAUAACGCAAUGAACUAGAU